GCUCUGAUGGCAUCACUAUUCUACCACCCUCCUCUCGAUCAGAUUCGUUGAUAUACCAUCGAUAUUGGUCAAUUCCUGGCCAUUUUGCCCGCCAUGCGCCCUGCCCUCGUAGUGCUCACAGCCGUUCUUCAGGCGACUGUUGGCAUUGCAUCCAGCUUAACCCCUCCGGUCCUGCCCCUGAUUGUGCGGAACCCCUACCUCAGCACUUGGCUGGGAAAUGCUCGAGAUGAGCCCUGGUCCAAAUGGCCUAUUUUCUACACUGGGGAGGAGCUGGGGUUGUCUCUCAUGGCCCAUGUCCCCAGCACAGGCACCGUGUAUCCUUUGCUAGGGAAACCCCAUGAAUCCUUGUCCGGAUCUUCUCAAAUCGAUUAUCCAACCUACCUUGGGGCCAACUACGAUGCGUCCACCACCAAUUUGACCUACCGUAUCAACUCCGCAACUACCGCUGCCCACCAACUCGAGAUCACUGUAACUUUUCUUUCUCCCAUCACCCCGACUUCGACUUUGCGGCAGUCGAUUCCCGCUUCCUACGUGUCCGUGCAUGUUCAUGGCAAUGUAAGCGUAAAUGUGUAUAUGGAUAUCAACGGGCGCUGGGUGAGCGGAGACGCGGGUAGUCAGAUUACCUGGCAGUAUGAUGGAUAUGGUGCCGAAGAUAGCAAGCAAGCCCUACGUAGAUGGCGUCUUCAGCGAGCGUCCGAGUUGCUGCUGUCGGAGAUUCGGGAUCGUGCUGAAUGGGGCACUAUCCACUUCACUGGACCUGCCGGUGUCCAAUAUCAAUCCGGAGAGGCCUCGGCCGUGCGCAAGGUGUUUUCCACUCAGGGUGUACUGGACAACGUCAAUGAUAAUGCUUUUCGCGCCAUUAGCGAUCGGGAGCCGGUCUUUGCCUUUUCCAAAUCUUUCGUACUCUCGCCCAAGGAUGGCCAUACGAGUGACAGUGUGACCUUCACCCUCGCAUUGACUCAGGACCCAGUCGUCCAGUACGCCUCAGCACGCGGGUUGACCCUCAUGCGACCCUUGUGGGAGUCGUGGUUCCCUAGCGUCGAGGCACUGCUCAGCUUCCAUUACGAUGACUUCUCUCAUGCAAGCCUCCUGGCUUCGAACUACUCGACUCAACUCGCUCAAGAUGCCUACCAGUCAGGCGCUCAUGACUAUGUCGAUAUCGUAGCGCUCUCCGCGCGCCAGGUUAUGGGAGCAACCACUUUUGCUGGAACUCCGGAUGACCCGAUCCUAUUCCUGAAAGAGAUAUCCUCAAAUGGCAACUUCCAGACCAUCGAUGUCAUCUUCCCCGCUUUCCCCUUCUUCCUGUACACCAACCCGCGGUGGCUAGCGUAUCUGCUGGAGCCCCUGAUUGAGCACAUGCUGAGUGGACAGUACCCGAACACGUACGCCAUGCAUGAUCUGGGCACGCAUUUCCCCAACGCUACCGGCCACCCUGACGGAAACGAUGAGUACAUGCCCGUGGAAGAGUGCGGCAAUAUUCUCAUCAUGGGUCUGGCGAUUGUCAACUCCCUGCGCUACGCUGAGGAUACUGCUGCGACAUCCAUUUGGUCUACCCAGGGCGCACCCCCUAAGCUGCCCGAGGAAACCUAUGGCAAAUUCCCUCUCGUCAAUCUUCAAAGCUUCGGCGGAAUUGACCAUCAAGAUGGCAAAUGGGGUGGUGGCACGCAAGGCGAGCGUUUGGCGGAGAGAUGGAUCCAGCGAAGCUAUAAACUCUGGGAUCAGUGGACGGGAUACUUGGUGGAGUUCUCCCUUGAGCCUGCUAAUCAACUGUCCACGGACGACUUUGCCGGCUGGCUUGCUCUGCAAACGAAUCUGGCCUUGAAGGGUAUCAUCGGAAUCAAUGCCAUGAGCAAAUUGGCUGAGGUGGCCGGGUACCAUACCGAUGUCACUUAUUAUAAGAACAUUUCGGACACCUACAUCACCAAAUGGGAGGAAUACGGCAUGUCGCGAGACAAAACCCACGCCAAACUCGCCUACGACUGGUACGGGUCAUGGACCACCAUCUACAACCUCUACGCGGACGCCCAGCUCUGCUUCCACCUUGAAGGCACCGAUAUCUCGCCCGACCCAUCAUCCAACGAUCCACAGAAGCCACUUACCCCUCCUCACCCGGCCAAGAAGACCGGAUUCGUGCCGCGCCACAUCUACCAGAGACAAUCGAUCUGGUACCACAACGUCCGACAGAAGUACGGCUUGCCCCUGGACAGCCGGCACCUGUACACCAAGACAGACUGGGAGUUCUUCGCCAUGGCAGUCGCCAGCGAGACCGUGCGCAGCGAGAUCCUCGAGUCCGUCGCCCAAUGGGUCAACGAGACGGUCACCGACCUCCCGUUCACCGACCUCCACAACACCGAGGGGAGAGGCGAGUUCCCGGGGCCGAACUUCUACGCCCGACCCGUCAUCGGCGGCCACUUUGCCUUCCUGGCCCUCCAGCGAGCCUGCGGCGGUCGCGCGAUGGAUGGUCUCUCUUUCUUGGAUGGCGCGGACCCGAAGUCUUCGUUCUCGACGAGCGCAUUAGCCGAAUGGGGGGCCGCGGCCGCUCAAGCGGUCCAGGAACUUGGAGAUGGCCAUGGCUUUGGAUCUGAGAACCUGGAACUGUAGUUCUGGUAUUUUACACUUAUAUAUAGUUCCUCGCAACCAGACAGCUAGCAUUUGCUUCAUUUAGUUUAGUAGGUAGGUAGGUAGG